AUGCAACAGCAGCCGCAGAUUCUGAGGCCUGAGACACUGGUGGAGGAGUUUAAGAAGAACGGAGUAACGCACAUAAUUACGAUUCCGGACAGCGAGACUAAUUACCUGUAUGAGCUGAUGCUGGAGCAGGACUGGCUGGACGUGGUGCCGGUGUCGCGUGAGGGCGAGACUAUGAGCAUCGCGCUGGGACUGAAUGUGGCGGGCAAAGUGCCUGUGUGCCUUAUUCAGAAUACGGGAAUGAUGGAGUCCGGUGACUCAAUACGCGGGAUGGCGCUGGAUACGGGCUUUCCGCUGGUGAUGGUGGUGGGGUAUCGCGGGUGGACGCGGCUGGGGCAAGACGCCGGACACUGCGGCGACCUACACGGAGCCGUUCCUGCACGCGUUCCGCAUCAACUACUAUCUGGUGGAGCACGAUGA